CGACUGUCACGGCUCGCUGGUCGGCAAGCAUGGAGGCGGAGGAGUCGGAGAAAGAGGCCGGACAAUCGUUGGGAGAAGCUGCGGAGCCGAAAUCAGAGGCGGAGGGGGAUCAGGAAGACUUCGAAGAAGCAGCUUCUAGCGGCAAGAAGCGGGUGGUGCCCGGUAUUGUGUACCUGGGUCACCUUCCGCCUCGCUUUCGGCCUCUGCACGUACGGAAUCUGAUGAGCGCCUACGGCGAGGUCGGGCGCGUUUUUUUCCAGCCUGAGGAUGGGUUCAUCAGGCGAAAAAAGAAAGCCUCGACCACGGAUGGGAAGAAGCGUUCCAAAUACAGCAAAGACUACACCGAGGGCUGGGUGGAGUUCCGGGACAAGCGAGUAGCCAAACGAGUGGCGGCCAGUCUCCAUAACACUCCCAUGGGUGCCCGGAAGCGCAGCCCCUUCCGUUAUGACCUAUGGAACCUCAAGUAUUUACACCGGUUCACCUGGUCUCACCUCAGCGAGCAUCUUGCCUUUGAGCGCCAGGUGCGCAGACAACGCCUAAGGGCAGAGGUUGCCCAGGCCAAACGAGAGACUGACUUCUAUCUUCGAAAUGUGGAGCAGGGAAAACGCUUCCUUGCGGCUGAUGGAAACUCUGAUCGCCCGAAUGGCUCUUGGGCCUUUGCCCAACGGCUUACUGAGCAGGAGCUGAGGGCCCGGAAGGCUGCACGACCUGGGGGACGUGAACGUGCUCGUUUGGCUAACGCCGAGAAUCAGGCACGCUCCAACAAAGGACUCCUUGCCAAGAUUUUUGGAGCCCCACCACCUUCCGGAAACAUGGAGGAAUCUUUACUGGUUAAGGACUCUUGAGGGUAUAGAGAAGUUCCUUCCAGCUCCUAGCACAGAUCUGUUACCUUUCUACACGAUAAAGAUAGCACAGGCAAACAUUUCAUGGUUGUCUUUGUGAGUAUCCAGAUAAAGAUGUGUGUGGA